CUAAAGUGUUCUGUAACCAAAGGGAGGCAGAGCAAAACAUGCUGGAGACGACUCGCCCAUCCGGCCGGCCGGCCCUUCCCACCAGUGGCCGCCAGAGGGAGGUCGAGCCGCAGCUGGAGAGCCGACGGUCGCAAGCAUGGGGAGCCCUCCUGAGCCCCUGCACGUCGUGGGCCGGGCCUACAUUUAUGCCAUCCACGGGCACUUCGCAGAGAUGCUGUUUGCGACAGUCAUCAUGGGCGGCGAGUGGACAUUCCCGGGGGUGACCGGCCUGUGGCCGCUGUUCCUCUACGGCGCCGGUGGGUUGGCCCUCGAAGGCAUCCACCUCUCCCUGCGGGGUGACUGCUGCCUCCUCACCCGCUGCACUCUUUACACCCUCUGCAUCUUCCUGUGCCAGUUCUGCCUGGGCGCCCUCCUGCGGGCCGUGGGCGCCUGCCCCUGGGACUACACCGGCUUCCGCUUCAACCUGCUGGGCCUGGUGGCCCUGGAGCACAGCCUGGUCUGGUUCGUGGGCUCCCUCCUGCUGGAGAGGCUGGUGAUCCGGAACACCCUCCGGCUGCGGCUGGAGGAGCCCUGGAGGGCCAAGGAGACCCCCGCUCCCCGCUUCGAACUCCAGAGGGACUGACCCAGGGCUGGCGCGAGCAGGGGGGGUAGCCCAGGCGGACCCCGUGGGAGUCAAGCAGGUGCCCCUUGACCGGGCGGGGCCGUCCCUGGGAAGCUUCUGAAGGGAGAGGCCCCCCUGCAAGAGGACCAUGGGGUCGUGCUGCCCCCCUACCGCCCCAGGCUGGGGAGCCACCUUCCUUUCCUUGAUGCCAACGCACGGGGCUUGGAUGGCCAGCCAGUUCCCAGGAAGGAGCAUGGGGUCCCCCCCCUCCGCUGUUCCUUCCACCAACACGCUCAGACAGCUAAAGAAUGACCCUUCGGGAAGCACUGUGAAAGGCAGCAGGAGGACAAGGCCAGGUUGAAACCUGCCAACCUGCAAGAGGAGGCCUCGUUGCGUCUUCCGGAUGGAGCGAACUUUCUCUGGCAGCCCAGACGCUUUGCUUGGCAUCGUUUUUUCUGGGAUGAGGGAAGCUGGAGGAGAAGCCGGAGAAGGAAGCAGCACCUGCUCCUUUAAAGCCUUGAAUAACGUGUCCGAUAAGAGGCAGGCGUUGUGGAGGGGAAGGUUGCC